AUGGACAACCACAGCGCUUAUAUCCUCGGCGUUGAUCUCAAACCACCUCCACCAAAUAUCCGCAUUCAAUGGCUGCCUGCCAACUCAACUAGCGUCUACCAGCCACUUGAUCAGGGCAUACGCUAUAUAGUCGCUAGCUACAAGCGCGGCGCAGAUCCAGCAACUCAAUCUCAGCAGGAGCUAGAGGAGCUCUACCAGCAGGUGCAGCACGCAGGCAGGAUUCAGGACGCUAUGAGCCUUGAAAACUUCCUGAAUCCUAUUGAUGAGGAUCACAAGCCUACUCAAUCUGACUUUAAUGUAGCAAACGCAAUUGCAACAUAUAGCCAGCAGCUAGUUGAAGACGAAUCAGACGACGAAGGGCCUCCUAUACAAAUACCUACCCCUGCGCAGGCAGAGCAGGCUCUUGAAUUACUACUCUUAUAUCAAGAGCAUACAGAUUCAACAACUCCCCAGCAGAUCAGAGCGCUCCAGCAGCUAUAUACUGAAGCAAAGGCUCAAAAGUCUAAGCAGUUUGUCCAGGGCACUCUAGAUAGUUGGAUUACGUAACCCUCUUGCUGCAACGAUAUUGCGAUAUAACGAUAUAAUCCUCGUUCCAGAAUUGUAUCGCGCCAUCGAGAGUUGACUGUA